AUGUCCGCAGCCUCCCUCAAGACGACGGGCGAAGCUACCAUACAGCCAGUUAUUCCUAGUGCUCUUUCGUCGGAUAGAGGGCAGAAAUGGGUGGCUGCUCUGUUGGAUUCUGGAGACCUGCAUGCCACAAAUGAACUUGAGACUGUGCAGUCGCCGACCCACGAACUUUCAUUUGACGAAGUGGACGACCGUAUCUCAGCUUUUCAGGAAGACGCCUUAGUGAAAGAUGCCUUUGCAAAGGGUGCGGACCUAAGGGAUUACGCCAAACACAUAUCACAAGAGUUGGAGAUACUUGAACAGGAGCACAUACUUAACUAUGUAACAAAUAGCCAGCCUUUCGUCGAUUUACAUCAACAAAUUCAUGCCUGCGACGACAUUCUACAGAAAAUGGAGACGUUAAUGAGCGGAUUUCACUCAGAUUUGGGCACUGUGAGCGCUGAAAUUGAAAUCCUUCAAGAACAGUCGCAUUCAAUGAGUAUCAAGCUGAAAAAUCGUACGAGCAUUCAGCAAUUGCUGAACACCGUCCUUGAUGGCGUUGUAAUCAAUCCCGAUCUUAUUAGAAAAAUAUGCGAAGGCGAGAGUCAGCAAGGACAACAUAUUCGGGCGUUCAAGGAUGCAGGACCGGAACUGGAACGCUUGCGUCUGAAAGCCGCUGAGAAGUCUCGAGACUUCCUUAUCAAAAAGAUAGACUCCUUGCGAGCCCCAAAUACAAAUAUCGCCAUUAUCCAGCAAAAUAUUUUGUUAAAGUAUAAAGAGCUGUAUUGGUUUUUGGCGGAACGCUACAGCGAGGCGGCCAUGGAAAUACGAACGCUUUAUGUGACCACGGUAGGCAAUUACUACAUUGCCUCGUUCGAUAAGUAUAUGAAGUCCCUGCAAAGAGUUCAGAUGAUAAUUGGGGAUAGGUCCGACCUAAUUGCAAACGAAGAAAGUCCAAAACGGGGACUACCCGGACUUCCUGGAUUAUUCGGUCACAAGACUGCUCUGAAAGAUAAAUCAAAUGUUUUCACUCUCGGUGACCGGCUACAAGUGCUGACUACUCCAGAUCCUGGUAUUAUCCUGACGCAUAUAGCGGAAGAACAGAACAUGAAAUUCCCAUUCGAAGCGAUAUUCAAAAGUGUGUCAAGACUGCUCAUGGACAACGCAUCCUCAGAGUAUUUGUUUGCUAUUGAAUUCUUCGCAGCACCUCGUGGCAAAAAUGGGCGGUCAAAAAAAGAUGGCCAAUCGGGGGCACUCAUAUUCGGGGAAGUCUAUGACCCAACGCUGAAAUUUAUUCAGGCUUUCAAUAAACAAUAUAUCGACACCAGUUUCGAUGCGGUCGGCAUAUUGAUGUGUAUUCGCCUGAACAGCCAGAACAUACGAAUCAUGCAGAAGCGUAGAAUUCCUUGUCUUGAGAACUUUGCCAACGCAACGAAUAUGCUUCUAUGGCCAAGAUUCCAAGCGAUUAUGGACCUUCAUAUUGAAAGCCUCAAAAGGGCUGUUCCCCGGAAUUUACUUCCUUCGAAAGAUUUCCAUCCUCAUUAUGUAACGAGGCGAUAUGCAGAGUUUGCCGCGUCUAUUCUUACUUUGAACCAAGGAUACGAUGAUGCUUUGCUCAUAAAUAGCUUGCUUCGCCUGCGAACAGAGAUUGAACACCUUCUGAUGCGGAUGUCGGGAGAAUUUAACGACAAGAAGAGCCGUUUGGUAUUCCUUAUCAAUAACUUUGACCUUGUAGUGGCUGUCCUUAGCGAGCACUCCGCUUCAUCUUUCGAACAGGAGAAGAUGCACUUCAAUGGUGUCCUCGAUAGCAAGAUCAACGAAUAUGUGGAGGAAGAGCUAAAGCCUCACUUCUUGGGACUAAUGACCUUCGUAAUUGCGGCCGAGAGUGACCCAAAUGUUGUAAAUCUGCAGGAAGAGAAAUUCGAAAGAGUGGCAGCUGACUUCAAUACGUGCUGGAAAAAUGCGCUUACAAGCAUAAAUCAAUCUGUGAUGCAGAACUUUUCCAACUUUCAAAACGGGGCGCGCAUCCUGCAUGCGGCACUGACGCAGCUUCUACUCUUCUACAAGCGCUUUUUUACGCUUUGGGAGAAACGCUUUGUCACAAAGAAACCCAAAGUCCAACCAGUUGGACUGCAAAGUGUCAUGGUCGAGAUCAAGAAGUUCAGAUCAAGUUUUCAAUAG